GGAAGGGCCGUUGCUCCAGUAUGCUUUGUCAGUUCAAUAACUUAUCCGGUGACGUACACACGUAGCUAACCUCCAAGAUGUGUGACAUGCAUAUGAACAACGAGGAGUUAGAUUCACUUCAUUCUCGACAGGAGAGACUUCAGGAGUUGACGGAUUUCACUGAAAGUUGUCAGAAGAAGCUGGAAGGGUUGUUUGAGGCGCUAGGAUGGAGUCAGGAACUGAACACAGACUUGAUGCAGGAGCCCAUGGAGGUGUGUCCGUAUGACCCCAACCACCGAGUCCCACAGAAGAGCAUGGAAAGACACAAAGCAAUGUGCAAAUUAACCAAGAUGGGCUACAGUCGAGAAGAGCAGGCUGAGAUGUAUAACCCUACCAUUUGUUAUGAAAAAACCAAUAUUCCCUCCAUUAUUAUUGACAAACAUGCACAGCGACAGAUUAUUCUCAAGGCAAAAGCAUGCGCAGCUCCCGGAAGAAACGAAGUACAGUACAGCCAAAGUGAAUAUUCUGCAGAUCCUCCUGAUGUUCCUCAGAACCACAAACAUACAAUAUGUGACCUCACUGUGGCUGACCGGUUGGCUCUGUAUGACCAUGUGACCAGAGAGGCCAACCAGCAGAGGGCGCAAGCGCAAUCUAGUAACAAUGAUGACCUCUAUGUGGAUUUGGUGGCCAAACUCAAGAAAGAAGAGGAGCAGAAUGGGCCCAAGUCUCACCUGGAGGUUCUAGCUGAGAUGAGAGACUACAAGAGACGGCGACAAUCCUACAGAGCUAAGAACGUCCACAUCACCAAGAAGUCUUACACAGAGGUUAUCCGGGAAGUGAUCGAUGUUCACUCUGGUGAGCUGGCCCGUCUGUGGCAGGAAGAGGAGAGGGAGGCAGAGGAGGAGUCUCAGUCGUCCAGGCACUCCUGUCACAGGAGGAGGUCUGAGGAGAGGCGCUCUGCGUCGGAGGAGUCAUGGCACUCCCACACCAGCUCCAGAGAUGCCCACGGCUCUCGGCACAGGCGCCACCGCAGCCGCGAGCGAAGCCGGGACAGGGAGAGGGAGAGGGAGAGCAGGAGGAAGAGGGAUUCCCGCUCUCCAGCGGAGAGACAUCAUGAUCGAAAGAAGAAAAAGAAACGUUCUUGAUUGUUGAACGUGAGGAGACCCGACGCUUUAUCCUUGAAGUGCUUUAUUGCUGAAGCAGGGGAGCCACAUGAGUGCUGUGAAUGGACAGCACAGGGAGUCGCAUAUCUGAGCUCAGCUGUGUGGCUCAGAGGAGUCUGCAUCAGAAAGUGCAUGAAUUGAAAUCUUUC